AUGUGGCCACUGCUCAAGACGGUCAUCGAAGCCCACAACGCAGUGGUGGUUAUUGCCCUGUUCGACUGGCGGUGCGGGGUUCCAGGCCCGGGAGACGGCAGCAUGGACGACCCGACGUACUAUGGGCUGAGCUCCGAAAUCCGGAAAAGUAUCGAACGAGGCUUCGCCCCGCCAGAUUCGCCACUUGCUCCACAUUCUGCUUUGAUGCACCGAAGAAGACUGAGGCAGAGAGCGACGGAGGAGUGGAAGCGCUUGGAACUUCUACCCACACCAGAAAGACGACAGCCACCCAUAAGCACAGGACGAGUUGGUGAUAAUGUACUAGGGGAAGAGGGUGGUCGAGUUCUGUCUGUGGACGACCAUCAAUAUCAAGGGUCUACUCCUACCGUUGAUGUCGUUGAUGAGCAACAAGCGCGAAUUGAUGACGAGCGUGUUGACCGAAAUGCAAAGGACAUGGAGGACCAUCAUCGCAACUAUUUUCAGAAUGUUGGACGACCUUUUUUUCUAGAUGAGCAGCGGCGCUGCCCUUUGGCGUUUGGCGAGAAAGACACACUUCAGAGAGCAAAAGACGAAGUGGAGUGGCUUCGCACGUGGGUCGAAAACGAUGGUGGAGGUGGCGCGCGUCGGUCACUGCAGGUUUUGCUAAACUGCGACACGCCAGCUCUAGCUUGCAUCCGAUAUUGGGACCGGGACGAACCCUUGAGUUUUGACUUGGACUUUGAGAAGUAUAGAAACACAAGCGCCGCAGACCUGGCUGCAACAGUGCGCGCAACGCGGAUGUCCGACAACAGCGCAGCAGAGGGGAGAUGGGGUAGGACUGUGUUGCAAGCGCAGGACAUAGAGCGACGGGCACGUGAAUUACUCAGUCUUCCAGAAACUACGCAGAUGCGUUGUGUGUGGCUUCAGGACGAAGCGACGGAAGAACUCCUGGCGCCACCUGCUGAAGCACCUUCCUCAAGAAUUCUCACAGAAAACGGCGUGGAGCACGUUUUGAGCGAUAUGCUUUCUCGCGUGAAGUAG